AUCUUGCACCCUGGCUGCAUGAGCAUCGACGUUGGCCUGGGAGUUCUUGUCACCUUCUUCAGGACGGUGGCUGAUCUCUUCUUCUUCAUGCACAUCCUCAUCAAAUUCAGAACCGCCUUUGUCGCUCCCAGCUCCCGGGUUUUCGGCAAAGGCGAGCUUGUCAUGGAUCCCAGGGCCAUUGCCAUUCGCUAUUUGAAGUCUGAUUUUGUUGUCGAUCUCACCGCUGCCCUCCCUCUCCCUCAGAUUGUAAUUUGGUUUGUGAUUCCAUCAUUAGAAACUUCAACAGCUAUUCAUGCUAAUCACACGCUUGCUCUGAUGGUUCUUGUUCAAUACAUUCCUCGAUUCUUUGUAAUGUUUCCUCUAAACCGGCGAAUCAUUAAAACCACCGGUGUUGUUGCUAAGACUGCUUGGUCAGGAGCCGCCUACAAUCUACUUCUCUAUAUGCUUGCUGGCCAUGUAAUUGGAGCUUCAUGGUACGUGUUGUCUAUUCAGAGGCAGUUUGAGUGCUGGAAAAUAGAGUGUACAAAGGAGUACAACCGAACACACUCUCCGUCCUGUAAACCUUCGUUUCUUGAUUGCAGCACUUAUGGAAGACCCGACCGCAUAGCCUGGCUGAAAGUUACUCGUGUCAUUACUAGUUGUGAUGCUAGGAAUGAUGAUGAUAAAAAUUUUCAGUUUGGGAUGUUCGCUGAUGCUUUUACUAUCGAGGUUGCGUCCUCAGCUUUCUUCCAAAAAUAUUUUUAUUGCCUUUGGUGGGGCAUCAAAAGUCUGAGUUCAUAUGGGCAAAAUAUUGCCACAAGUACUCUUAGCAGCGAAACGGUGUUUGGUAUUAUUGUUUGCAUUGCUGGUCUUGUGUUCUUCUCACAUCUAAUAGGCAACAUGCAGACGUAUCUGCAAUCUACAACAGCUAGGUUGGAGGAAUGGAGAAUCAGACGGAGAGAUACUGAGGAGUGGAUGAGGCACCGGCAAUUGCCCCCAGAGCUGCAAGAACGUGUACGCCGCUUUGUUCAGUACAAAUGGCUUGCCACCAGAGGGGUUGAUGAAGAGUCCAUCUUGCGCUCCUUGCCUUUGGACCUUCGUCGCCAAAUUCAGAGGCAUCUCUGCCUUGCUCUUGUUCGCCGUGUGCCAUUUUUUGCACAAAUGGAUGAUCAGCUCCUUGAUGCCAUAUGCGAACGUCUAGUCUCAUCCUUGAAUACCAAAGACACCUACAUAGUCCGAGAAGGUGAUCCGGUGAAUGAGAUGCUUUUCAUCAUUAGAGGCCAGGUAGAUAGUUCAACAACUGAUGGUGGGAGGAUAGGAUUUUUUAACUCCAUAACCCUCAGGGCAGGUGAUUUUUGCGGAGAAGAGUUGUUGACAUGGGCCUUGAUGCCGACCUCUAACCUAAACCUCCCACUAUCAACAAGAACUGCCAAGACCCUGACAGAAGUCGAGGCCUUUGCCUUACGAGCAGAGGACCUCAAGUUUGUGGCCAACCAGUUCAAGCGCCUGCACAGCAAGAAGCUGCAGCAUGCUUUUAGAUACUAUUCUCAUCAAUGGCGAGCUUGGGCAUCCUGCUUCAUACAGGCUGCUUGGAGACGGUAUAAGAAGCGGAAGCUGGCGCUGGAGUUGGCAAGACAGGAGAGCUUGUAUUAUAUGCAACUUCUGGAAGAUGGAGAUGAGUAUACCAAUGAAUAUCUGGACGAUGCAGAUCUUGGGGAUCAUCAAUGGACAAUGUUCGUUGAUGAAAAUAAAAUCGGGCAAUGA